AUGAGAGGUCCAACAAUUCUCAAAGCUGAAGACGAUAAGACGAAGCAGCUGAACGAGCACACACUCAUCGCUUUCUCCGGCGAGGCGGGAGACACCGUGCAAUUCGCCGAAUAUAUCCAAGCCAAUGUUCAGCUAUACACAAUGCGCAACGACACCGAACUUUCUCCUAGUGCCGUUGCCAACUUCGUCCGAGGAGAGCUAGCACGCAGUCUACGAUCGCGAAGUCCCUACACAGUAAACCUCCUCUUGGGUGGUGUAGACAAGAUCACUGAGAAGCCCCAUCUAUACUGGAUCGAUUACCUUGCGUCCCUGGCUCCUGUUCCAUAUGCCGCCCAUGGCUAUGCCCAAUAUUACUGUCUUUCAACACUCGACAAGCAUCAUCAUCCCGAUAUCGAUCUCGAACAAGGCAUGAAGCUUCUGGAGAUGUGCACAGAUGAGCUGAAGCGCCGACUACCUAUUGACUACAAAGGAGUUCUUGUCAAGGUAGUGACGAAGGAUGGCGUGAAAGAAGUACCCUUUGACAACAACCGGAUUGUCAAGAGUGCUUAA